AUGUUGACAUUUCCAUCCAUACCAUCUCUCAGUUUUGAUGUCAGUGCGGUUCAUCUUGAUCGUCUUCUUCCAGGAUGUGGCAAAUCAAGCUAUCCACCUUCCCUGUUGCACCGUGUGAUCGGAGGCAGCGAAGCGACCAAGGGUGCCUAUCCAUGGCAGGUCUCCCUCCUCCUCGCUGGUAACCACGGCUGUGGUGGAACCUUGGUCAACUCUCGUUGGAUUGUAUCAGCUGCCCAUUGCUUCCUCCAAUCGACAAAUCCUGCCAGCUACCGAGUCCGUACUGGUGAAUACGACCAGAGGUAUUCUGAGGGUACGGAGACUGAUUACAGUGUGGAAAGAAUCAUUGUGCAUCAAUCCUAUAAUGGCCAGGCCCAAGAUAACGACAUCGCCGUGAUGAAGCUGAGUAGAGACGUCGACACAUCCAGCGCUUACGUCCAGCCAGCCUGUCUGCCGACAUAUGGCGACAACUUCGAAGGUUCAUCUGACUGUUGGAUGUCUGGGUGGGGAGCCACCGGUGGAGCAACUGUAACCCAAGAUCAUCAAGACAAAGUGCUUCGACAUGUCGGAGGCAGUGCGCUUACAUUCAGCAGCUGUGCGAACUAUUACGGCUCCGAACUUCACCAAGGAAUGAUCUGUUUUGGCACACAAACCACUGGCGGAUGCUUCGGAGACUCUGGUGGUCCAAUGGUGUGCCGCAGGAAUGGCGUGUUCACCCUUGCCGGAGCCACCUCAUGGGGUACGCCCAACUGCAAUGGAAAACCAACCAUAUUCGCCGAUGUCGUGUUCUAUCUCAACUGGAUAAAUGAACAGAUGAGCAAAUACUAAGAGAACUUUUGAUUUUCAUGUGAAUGAUUUCGAAUUAAACUUGG